AUGCAGGUUUGUGUCUGCUAUAAUGGCGGACGCUGUAAUCCUGUAAACGGGGCUUGUGAUUGUCCUGCCGGGUUCUUUGGACCGCUAUGUCAACAUAAAUGCCCUAGAGGUUGGUGGGGAGCCGGAUGCCGUUUCCGAUGUACUUGUUUCAAUCCACGCAACGGGGAGACAGACUGCGAUCCCCUUACCGGACGGUGUAUCUGCAAGCCUGGCUACACUGGUGAUAGGUGCGAUCAAGUAUGUCCGCGAGGCUACCAUGGUGAGAAAUGUGCUCAGAGAUGCAAAUACUGCGAAGAUUGCCACUUCGAGACAGGUCGUUGCCUCUGUGAUCUGGGCCAACGUGGAAAAAACUGCAAACGGAGUAAGAAGAUGCCUCGGCGACGUGACUUCUCCUACUCGCGUGAUUUUUUUCUGUCUUCCACCAUCACCACUUCACCUCCUAGUGACAAGCAAAUUCGUCAUGCGCCUCGAAUAAGACCACUUGCAGUAAACCUUACUGAAUGUAGUCCAACAUCGGUGUCGUCAUUCUUGCUGUUGUUGUUCUAG